AUGCCCUUCUAUGCCCGAACAGCAGGUCGGAGCGAGCAGUCAGCGUGCAUGAUUCAUGCAGUCUCCAACUCGUACUCGUCAUCUUCAGAGUUAAAUAUGUCUGCUGCAGCCCCCAACUCUUUAUCUUGCAGCAUGAGUGCUAGGAUCCACCGAGUAAAUGACUCAAUGUCUCCCUCCAUACUUAUUCUCGGAGCAGGCUGCUUUGGUGUCUUGACGGCCCACCACCUGGCCUCUUAUGGAUAUUCAAAUAUUACUGUCCUUAAUAAGGAUAGCCAAGUUCCCAGUUGCUUUUCUGCUGCCAACGAUCUCAACAAGGUGAUUCGUGCCGAGUAUGCUGACCCUUUCUACACUAAUCUGGCCCUGGUUUGUUCUUAA